ACCCUGGGAGCUUUACUGCUGUGACACGUCAGUUCUCAAAAGGAAUUUUCAGUCGCAAGAUGAGAAUAACACAAGAAUAACAGCUUUCAGGUUGCUAACAGUUACUCUCCUCAGAAAAGAAAUAGUGGGUCCGGGGCCAUGUCGGGCAACUACGGUCGCGGGGCUGCCCGGGCAGGCACCAGCAGGCAGCGAGAUUCGCUCCCGCCCGCUCCGCGAGAGGCAAGUGGCUGCCGGACUCCGCAGCGCAGCCAGGGGAUGGACGACCGGGGCGAUGGCGUCGAGACGGCGGAGGACGACACCUGCCCGACCCCCGGAGCCUCGGAGCCGAACCUCGAGCUGGAGGGAGACGACUGCAAUCGGCGCCUGAUCCGCCACCAGUACCGCGAGCUCAUUCACAAUGUGCAGCAACAACGAGAAGAUAUGCUGAGUUCAAAAAGCAACAAAUUAACAGAUGCGCUUGAACAAGCCAACCAGCUAUUUAACAGAGUGUCUCAAGCAAGAGAAGCAGCCCUAGAUGCCCAAUUUCUUGUUUUGGCUUCAGACUUGGGUAAAGAAAAAGCAAAUCAGUUGCACUCUGAUAUGACCUUAUUUGAUCCUUCAUCGUUUGCUGAAGAUUUACUUAAGUUUAUGGGCCUAAAUCGGCUUGAAGUAGAAGAAAGUGACAGUGAAGAAGAAACUAUUAUUAUUGGAUUCUUACCUCAAGAUUCCUGGCUCAGAAUAGGAUUAAUAUCAAUAAGAUUCUUGAAGAGUGCUCCAACAUUCCACUUUUUAUUUGGUUCAUUUAAGACUGAUCCUCCUGUGCCAAAGCAACGGAAUGAACGUCAGAAAAGAAAAGAUAACAAAGAAGAAGAAAGGGCCAUGCCUGCAGAGUUGAAAAAAAUGGAGGAAUCCCACCAAGAGGCUACAGAAAAAGAGGUAGAAAGGAUCUUGGGAUUACUGCAGACCUAUUUUAGAGAAGAGCCUGAGACUCCUAUAUCCUUCUUUGACUUUGUGAUUGAUCCAGAUUCUUUUGCCAGAACUGUGGAAAAUAUCUUCCAUGUUUCCUUCAUUAUAAGGGAUGGUUUUGCAAGGAUAAGGCUUGACCAAGAUAAACUGCCAAUAAUAGAGCCCAUUACCCAGCGUAAUGAGGAAAGUGAAGAAGAAAGCACACAAAUCAGGCACCAAGAUAUUAUAUCACUGAGUUAUCAAGACUGGAAGGACAUUGUGAGAACUUUUGAAAUUUCACAGCCUAUGAUCUCUCCUCCAUGCUGUAGCAAGUGAAACCCAGACUUUUAUUGCAAACUGAGUUUUUGCUCUCUAAGGUGAUCCAAAUGAAAAUUGGCACCUUGAAUGGAAAGAAGCACAUAUCAUUUAUUGUAUUAUGAAACAUGUUUUCCAGAGAAUCAGAUGUUUAGGUUUUUUAUUUAUAUGUAUUUUAUUUUAUAGUUUAUGAAGCUGCCUUGUUUUCCUGUGAUUAAAGAAAUUCACUGCCAUAUCUGUUA